UGAAAAAUACUUGUUGGGCUUUUUAACACUGGAUGAUAUAGUUGCAAGAAAUGAUGAGGGAUUAACUCCAAUACUCAAGAAUGCUCUAUUUAAACGACAAGAAAUUCCAUUCAUGGCUAUUGAAAAUGAAGGAUCAACAGAAAGGAUAAAUGGAACAUACCACUAUAUAUUGCGUCUUUAUGGUCAUCUUAUUAAUGGCCAAAAGGUACUGGUAACUCUUAUGGAUAUUCAGGUUUUCUUUGACAUUCUCGUACCAGACAGAGAAACUCCAGAUAAAUGCAAAGAAAAGGAUCAUACUCUUGUUCUCACUUGGGAUAUAGAGACGCAAUCACAAGAAUUAGGUGAAUUUGCUAAAGUCCUUGAUCUGAAUCAUAAUGUUUUUAUGAUUUCUAUGAUAUUGCAUUGGAAAGAUGAUUCAAAACCACUAAAGCAAAUAUGUUUUGUCGAUACUAUGAUUGGUGUUUUAUUAUGGAAAGAGCAUAUCAUUUCAACAUACUCGAAUGGAUGUGGAAGAGCGAAAUCUGAAAAUGAUUUUAUGAAAAAGUAUCCUGUUAAGGCUCCUGAGGAAGGUGAAGAGGAUCUGGAAGAGAAAGAAUAUAUGGGCAGUCCAAUUAAGAUCAAAAUCAGUACAGGAGAUUAUUUUACUUCUAGCUUCCUUAAACUGCCAGAUUGUGUAUCAAUUAACGUCUGA